CGGCGCCGUCGCGUCUUGUAAACAACCGUGCCAACUUCUUCUUCUUCUUCUUUCGAGAUCGACUCGCGCCCGUUGGUCCACAGCUCGAUUUUGCAUUUUGGAUUUCUGACACGAAAAGGUGACUGUUUUCGAGGGUACUACUUUGUGUGCGAAUUAAACAGAAAGAUUCCAAAACUGAAUUGAAAGAUACUUUGUCAUAAUUGACUGCAUUCAAAGACUUUGGAAUUGCUGAACAACGUUGUGUCUUGUGUCCUUUUGAAAGCUCAUCGUAAGUGAAUCCUUCGUAGUGUUUGCUGGUAAAACACACAGAGGGGAUUGCUGACGGGAAAGUAAUAAAAGCACGUCAUGAACCAUCUUUGAAGAAAUAUAAGAAUUGUACUCAUUUCAUUCAUCGGCGUUCUUGGGUAUUUGUACAACAUGAAAGGACCUACUAGUAUAUGGGCGUUUGUUGGCAUCGCCAUCUUGGGGGUUCUGGUCGCUGGCGACCUCCCACCCCACUUGGAACAUCUUCGGCCUCAGGGAAGAGCCAUCGACACCAAUAACUAUUACUCGUACAACAAGAUCUCUCACAAAGGAUGCAGAGCGAAGGGCAGGGACGGCGUCUGCAUGUUCGUCUGGGAGUGCAUCAAGACGAACGGGGAGCACGUCGGGAUGUGCAUGGACGGUUUCAUGUUCGGCUCCUGCUGCGUCCACGACGACAAGGAGAACUCCCUGAACUCCCCGGAGUCCACGGUGCCCGAGGGCGGCGAUUCGUUCCUGCCCGGGGCCGCCACCAAGAACGACAGCCUGGCCCUUCCGCCGUCCUCGGAUUCCAAGCCCGCCGCGACCUCCAGGCCGAUGACGGUGAGGCCCGUCGUCUCGACGGGGGAGCCCUCCGUCGUCACCUCGAGGCCGAUAAGCGUUCAGAGGCCCCAGAGGCCUCCCGUCCCUACCACCGAGGCGUCUACUUCGGAAGAGACCUUGUCGACUUGGUCCCCGAAGCCUCCGAUAUCUGUGUCUCCCCCAGUACCUCCGUCGAGGCCUACCAGACCGCCAAAGCCUACAAAACCAACAAAGCCAGUCAACUGGUGGCCCACAACAGAAAAACCCACAAGCAGAGCAACAACAACCACACCUACAACUACGAGUGAACCAACAACUACUACAACUACAACAACGACGGAGAAGCCCACUACCACAACCUCAACGACCACAACAACAACAACAACAAGCACUACUACAACAACAACAACUACAACCACGCCGGCACCUGCUGGUCCCGUGGCCAGCAAUGCUCACAACGACAACCAACAAUGCGGAGUGCGAUCCGUAAUCAUGCAGCCGGAGGGACGGAUCGUCAACGGCACGAACGCCAAGUUCGGCGAGUGGCCCUGGCAAGUGUCAGUCCGGAGGACCAGCUUCUUCGGGUUCUCGUCGACCCAUAGAUGUGGAGGGGCGCUACUCAACAAGCAGUGGGUGGCCACAGCAGGCCACUGCGUGGAUGACUUGCUGCUGUCCCAGAUUCGCAUCCGAGUCGGCGAGUACGACUUCUCGUCCGUACUGGAGCCGAUGCCGUACAUCGAGAGGGCAGUCAAGAACAAGUUCGUGCACUCGAAGUACAACUUCUUCACGUACGAGUACGACUUGGCCCUCGUGCAGAUGGACGAGCCCCUAGAGUUCCAGCAACACAUCUCACCAAUCUGCCUCCCCGGCAACAACGACCUUCUCAUCGGGGAGACCGCCACCGUCACGGGAUGGGGCAGGUUGUCGGAGCACGGCAGGCUGCCCUCCGUCCUGCAACAGGGCUCCGUACCCGUCAUCAGCAACGAAAAGUGCAAGGACAUGUUCAAGAAAGCGGGCAGAGACGAGCACAUCCCGGAUAUCUUCCUGUGCGCUGGGUAUGAAAACGGAGGCAUCGACUCCUGUCAGGGAGAUUCCGGCGGGCCGUUGCAAGUGAGAGGCGCCGACGGGCGCUACUUCCUGGCUGGAAUCAUCUCCUGGGGCAUCGGCUGCGCAGCGCCCAACCUUCCAGGCGUGUGUACAAGGAUCUCGAAAUUCGUGCCAUGGAUCCUGGAGACCGUCGUCUAAGUGACGUCGCAAGUUGUGCGCUGUGAGAGUGUUAGUCAUGUGGCAUUUGCUCGCUUCGCGGCCGAUUCGGGGGAGGAACUGUAUUCGAAGGGCUUGCUGGACACGCCCACUUACCCCAAUUCAAGCCUCGUUAAAGUGAUGGCAAUUGCGCCUCAGUGGGCGGCUGUUGUUGAUUUUGUGCUGCGGAACCUAAGGACUUCAAGGAGACAGGGAAUAGAAUAUGCUGCCUGGUUUGGUAUUUCAUGCAAAACGAAGGUGCCUCGAUUGUUUUUGUGUGGUUUUCCACGUGAAAUGAGAUUUUGCGCUUUUUGAAAAUUCAAGUGACGAGUGAUUUAAUGAACUACGAGUAGGCAAUUUUACGUAUAUAUAUAGGAUGUGUGUUUGUGUAUACGUGUGAGCAAAGAGGAAGAUGAUUCAUAUGAAAUAAAGGAAAAGAAAAUAUUCCUUCCUCCUCCUCUUAAACUUAGUACCGAUUGUUAUUUAUUUUUUAUUCUCCUCACGAACCCAUAAUAGUGUGAUACUUAGUUCCACCCACUUCUCGAAAUGCAACAACAUUCCGUCCAUAAUUGAUUCAUUCCACUUACAAGUCCCUUAAACCUGUUCUUAAACAGCGAGAUAGUUCAUGGUAUAUGAGGCGAAAGAUAUAAAAGGGAUUUUUUGUGAUAUAUAUGUGUUUUAUUCACUGCUGUGCAUGUUUACAUGUGUAUGAUUGUUCCGACGUAUAUUUUUGUUCAUCGCGAAUGCACAGAAAAUGGAAGCAAUUACCAAGGCAAUUUAUUUCUUUACAGCAUAUUUUUCGUUACUAUGCACAUCAUACGUUUCAGUGAUUGAUUCCAGAGAGAAAAAUCUCGUGUUCGUUUUGUGAACGAAAGUAUUGUGGUGUGUACGUGAAGAAUGAUUUAAACGGUGCCCUAUAAUGCUUAGGUCCCCACGACUCAGGCUACAGAACAUUGACUAUUCUUGAAGAAACAGACCUCUGUCUUGUACAGCGUAGAAGUACUACAGUACGCGUACUGUACCAGCAGACCUAUUGUGAUACACACUCACUGGUCCUCUUCAGUAUCUUUAUUUUUGUUGCAUCUUGUAUUGAUAGCUUUCAGUUUCGCUUUUUGUUUAUAGUAAUAUAUUUGAAUGCCGAUGUUCCCGGUGAGAAAUAUCGGCGAUUUCAUGAUUACUUUUGUUGAUAUUUAUUUCAGAAAAAAGAUAUUUACUUUUUUGUUACUACUCUUGAAGCAGCUGUUCUCAUUUUCAUGAAGGAAAGCGUAAAUAAAAUUGAUUUUGGACGAUCAUCAAACUCGGUUGAGGAACUCCAAUAUUACCUUUCUUGUUUUAUUCACUUUCCAAAUUCACACUGACGUUUCGGGUUCAUAAUAUCCAUCUUCAGGUUCUAAUUCACAGAUGAUCUUACCAAUUGAACCGGAAGGUUGACCUAUGUUUAAAACAUGGUUGUAAAUUCGGAUUGUGAAUUUCAUUUGAAGCAAAUGUUUAGGUUUAUCUUUGUGUUGUAAUUUCUCACCGAUCUUUGAUAACCGUCAGCAGAAUCUUAUGUAACUAUUACUAGUUCAUUGUUGUACCGUAUUUUCCAGGUACACGUUCACUAUUUUCAAGUGUUAAAGCGAACUUGAUCGUCAUUUGUUUUUGCAAUUGGCAUAUAAUUUUCUCACCUAGUAAAAAUGUUUUUCUUUGUAAAUUGCAUUUCAUAGAAAUUUCUGAUAGGAACAUAUCUGUAGAUUGCAGAUCUCAAAGUAUGACAAAGAUGUUGCACCACCAAAAUAUUGUAGUUUUUCUACACAUUAAGAGUUUCAUACCUCCCACUAGAUUGCGUAGCUUGUAAGAUGUAUUGUGCCAUUUGCAAUUUGACUGGCCUUCCCUCUUCAGCCGACUUUUUUGGAGGAAAGGAGUAGCCCAGAGAACAUUCAUUUCUCCCACUGUCAUGUGAUCACAGAAAUAGCAAAUCGCUUGCUGGAAAUAACAAGCACAUGGAAUCACCUUCUUGAGAACCAGUUUAAAGGGAACAUUUAUUUUCUUCUGCCCAUUUCAGGCAAAAAUUCAGGUAUCUUUCAUGUCUGUAUAACAAGCUAAGCAUUAAACUCAGUCUUCUUCUUGGCGUAGGUUCGAAUCGAUACAUGGAAAGAGAAUUCUUCCUUCUUUUCCCCUUUGGAUUACAAGGCUUUCAUUCAAAAGCAUAUCGAAAAACGUUUGGAAAUAGAGAAGUUGAGAAUGUUAUUGUGGGUAUCACAAUGUAUAAAUAUAUGAAUACAAAGUCUGACUGAAAAGAAAAUUUGCAGUGAUUAAAUGUUCCCGUUAAGCUGGGUAUUUGUGGCUAAUGGUAGAAAAACUUGCUAUGGAGUACAUUUUCCAUGAAAGGAAGCAGGAGAAAAUGUAAGCUACAGUGAUUUUUGGCUUGUUACCUGAUCACGCCUCUAUGUAUGUAUGUAUGUAUGUGUAUAUAUAUAUAUAUAUAUAUAUAUAUAUAUAUAUAUAUAUAUAUAUAUAUAUAUAUCAGCAAAUUGUGCAAUGGAUCAGUUGUAAUUACUGUAACUACUUUAUAAACUGAAAAAUAACUUUAUAUUUAUAGAUGCCCGGUAUUGAUUAGAACAGGCCAACUUGCUGUAGCAAUAAGAAGCCAAAUGAGUAGGAAAAAUAAAUCUUAUGUUAUUUUAUAAGUUUUGUAAAAUAAAUAAAGUUUAUAUUUGAA